ACAAAGUGGCAGCGAAGUCCACCAUCAGUGCCGGAUAGCAUCCACGACACCAUGGCAGGGAUAGUUACUCGCUGUUUCUCUCGAGGCCUUUUUAAGCCUUUCCAGACUCUGAUUCAACCGAGAGUUCCUGUGAGACAUCUGAACCUGCUGGAGUACCAGAGCAAAGUGCUGUUGGACAACCAUGGGGUCACCGUGCAGAAGUUCCGCAUCUUGGAUACACACGAGGCUGCUGGCGAGACGGUUAAAACACUGAAUGCUGCCGAGUAUGUAGUGAAGGCGCAGAUCCUAGCCGGCGGUAGAGGAAAGGGCCACUUUGACAAUGGCUUCAAAGGGGGGGUUCACCUCACCAAAAAUAUAACGGAGGUGGAGUCCUUAGUGGAGAAGAUGGUCGGCCACAAGCUCAUCACAAAGCAGACGCCAAAGGAAGGCAUCCUGGUGAACAAGGUGAUGGUAGCCGAGUCCGUGGACAUCCUGAGGGAAACCUACUUUUGCAUUCUGAUGGACAGGGAUCACAAUGGACCUGUUUUGAUUGCAAGCCCUGAUGGAGGAAUGGACAUUGAGGAGGUUGCUGAGAAAACCCCCGAGCGCUUGCUCACCCUCCCCAUUGAUAUCUUUGAGGGUCUGACACAUGACAAGGCCCUGAAAGUGGCGGAAUUUCUCAAAUUUGAAGGAGAUCUCAAAGAAAAAUGUGCUAAGGAAGUGCAGGCGAUUUGGGAGAUGUUCCUGAGUGUCGAUGCAACUCAGAUUGAGAUCAACCCACUAAUAGAAACUCCCCAGGGACAAGUUGUUGCAGUUGAUGCCAAAAUUCAGUUUGAUGAUAAUGCAGAGUUCAGACAGAAGACCAUAUUUGCUGAGGAAGACACAAGUGAGAGUGAUCCAAGAGAGGUUGAGGCUGCCAGACAUAACCUGACAUACAUUGGUAUGGAUGGAAACAUUGGAUGUCUAGAUUCAACAGUAAAGGCCCUCUUCAUCAACAUUUUUGGGGGCAUUGUCAACACAGCCACCAUUGCCAAUGGGCUCGUCAAUGUGCUGCGCAACACCCAGAUUGAUAUACCCCUCAUUGUGAGGCUGGAAGGAACAAAUGUAGACGAGGCAAAACGCAUACUUGCAGAAUCAGGAUGCAACAUUGAAUCUACAAAUGACUUGGAUGAGGCGGCAAAGAAGGCUGUUGCUUCCAUCAAUUAAAUUGUAAUUCUUUCUAAAUGCAUAAAAAAAUCAUCCGUGGCAUCCAUUACAGACACCAGUGUUGUAGUCCAAGUUUGUUAAGAAAGUUGUUAGGAAACAGCUGAUGCUAUCUUGUGUGUGAAAUUUGUUAUGCCUUAUAUAUGCAUAUGAAUAUGCAGAUACUAGGUGUGGGAGUUCUUGAAAGGGAGAGAGUGAGUCGGUAAGAAAAUAAGGGGUGUGCGAGGAAGUGAGCAAGGAGGAACGAGAGAGAGAAUGAGGGAGAUAGCAUUUUGAUGGUGAAUGAAAGUGUGUGCAUAAACUUUUGCAUGUAUUUGGCAACUUAUCCAUUUUAUGCACAAAAAUGGUGCACAUGUAUAUAUGUGCAUUAUACUUCCAAAGUUCAAACAUAUUAGGAGUCAAAUUAAUAUUGCUAGUAGGUAAAUUAAGCAAACCUGACAUAUUUUUAGAAGAAGGGAAUUUAACACACACGAGUUAAAAGCCAAGUGUCAGAGCAUAAUAAUGGUCCUUGUAUUUACUUGCGCCCUAAAAGUCAGGGAUCUGUUACUUGAUUCCUGCUGUUGUGCGUCCCCUGCAGUGCCUUCCACACAGCAUCAGUUUGGGUAACUAAAUGAAUUAUGUUGUGCAAAGUGUCAAUGCUGAUUUAUGAAGAUUGCAAUGCCAGCAAAAUCCCCUUUGGCUCAUUCCAUUCUCAUUGUGAUUUCCUAACAAUUGUUAAGUAAAGCACAUAAUAUUUUUGUAGAAUUCGGGUCCAAGGUUUGCUCAUGGGUGUGUUGAGGUAAAUAUAUAUAUAUAUAUUUGGACUAAACAUCUUUUACAUCAUUUGGUGCUAAGAGUUUACCCUCUUUUUUUUAAUGUCAGCAAUGUGAAUGUUAACUAAUUUUUUAAGUUUUACUUUGUUAAACUAGUUUUUUUUUUUUUUUUUUUUUUUUUUUUUUUUUUUUUUUUUCUGAAAGAAGUUGUUAAAAAAGGUUGUUGACAAUUAAGUUUCAUUUGGUUAAUGGAGGGAGCAAUUGGAUGUGAAUUGCAUUUGCUUCCUUGACUUCCCCAUUUCAUUCCACUUUUGCAUAAAUGGAUUGUACAGUUCCUGUUAAUAAACUGAUUUUAUUCUUUA